CGGCCUGCGCAUGCGUGCGGGGCCUACGACAACAAAACCGCCUCCCCCGCGCCAUCGCCCUCCACUGUUAUUCAGGAUCUCCGCCCCUCCUUCCUACAGCGCUCAAGGGACCAUGGCCGAUCCUCGCGUGAGGCAGAUCAAGAUCAAGACCGGCGUAGUGAAGCGAUUGGUCAAAGAAAAAGUGAUGUAUGAAAAAGAAGCAAAACAACAAGAAGAAAAGAUUGAAAAAAUGAAAGCUGAAGAUGGUGAAAAUUAUGCCCUUAAAAAGCAGGCAGAGAUCCUUCAAGAGUCGCGGAUGAUGAUCCCAGAUUGCCAACGCAGGUUAGAAGCUGCAUAUACCGAUCUUCAGCAGAUUUUAGAAACUGAAAAAGACUUGGAAGAAGCUGAGGAAUAUAAAGAAGCACGUUUAGUACUGGAUUCAGUAAAGUUAGAAGCCUGAAACUUUUCUGUACAGGGUCCAUUCUAUAAUUCAUUAUUUUGACCACUGCUGUGUUCAAGAAGUAUGAGAAUGUGAUUCUUUUAUUAAGUUGCAUACAUUUUUAUUUGCAUAUUUUAAUGUGUCAAAUAAAUGAGUCCACCUUAUAAAAUUGUUUUAUUUCGUACUUUCCAAAAUUAACUUUUUGUCAUUAAAUCAAAAAUUCUUGAUAGAUAAUUAAAAUUUGUGAGUUUCCAUCUGAAGUUUAUAUAUUUGGCUUCAUAAGCAUAGAUUGAGUUAUAAAUAGGAUACUGUGAUUUUAGAUAAAAAUCCAAAUUUUAAGCAAUUUUGAAUAGACCACAAUUCCCUAAUAAGAAAAUAAGAAUUAUCUGUGGAUAGGGCCUCGUAUACUUAUUCCUUCACCAUGAAAGUGUAACAUUUCCAUUACUCUAAACUAAUUUGAGAAAAUUUAAAAAUUUUUAUAUCUUUAUGAAUAAUGAGGAAUUAUAUUUUAAAAGAAUAUAAUAACUGAUGUGCUGGAAAGUGCUUAAAUACUCUUCAAAAGGGAGGGGAACCUCUGAUUUGUGACUUUUGCUGAUUUCUGCAUUGUCAAUACUACUACUGUGAUUGAUUUCAAGAUACUGACAUGACCUCUCUGAACAGAGGUGGCAGGAUACAAGCCAACUGCAACAUUUGCUGGCUUUAGCCAAACCUUGAUUAUCUUGAUUGACUGGAAAAGAAAUAUCAUUUUGUCACAAAAUAUUUUCCCAUUACAUUUGUAAACCCAUUACUUAAUCAUUUGGGUU